AUGAUCUCCGUGCUGCGAAGGCCUCUGAGGCUUGUCUCAGAGCUAUCGUGUCGGAGACUCGUUUCUCCCACCUUGAAAAUCAGACCGAGAACAAGAUAUGUUUCCACGGAGAUUCUGCAAAAAGACGAACAAGCAGGUGAAUCCAAUACUGCAACUGACACGGGUGUGAUCCACAAAUCAGAGGAAGAAACGCUUCUAUAUUUCGACAACGUAUAUCCUAGAGCAACCUCGCUAUGGAGUCCGACACAAUGGUACAACAUCCUUCUCACGAAUCAAUCGCGCGACGCAGUACGUUCGAAAAUCAUGGAGUAUGCAAGUCCUAAGACUAACCCAAUCCAUGGGCUAGAGCUGAGAUCCAGUAUUCCUGUUAAACGGGACGGAGGUGUUUUUGCCACGUUUCUGGUCCCUCCCACGUAUUCCGUGGCCGAAGUUAAUUCUAUGAUUCAGAAAAACACAGCCAAGGAGUCAUCAGGGAGUCUUUUGUCUUUUGUUACAAGAGCUGCUGCUUUUCCAGUCAAGGGUACCCCAUGGAUAGAAGAUUUACGUCGCUUGCCUAGCACAAUUAUUAGAAUAAAGUUCGAAGGUGAACCGCUUUCAGAAGAAGAAAUCUACUCUCUAUUCAGAAGGUAUGGCACGAUUGUUGACAUUUUUCCUCCCAAAAAAGGCGAAAACAUUGCCACUCUUCGCUAUCGCUCAUUCCGUGGUGCAAUUUGUGCUAAAAACUGUGUCACAGGAAUGGAAGUCCACAACAAUGUAAUACAUGUCCAGUACGAACGGCAUGCCAACGAACACAUGUUCAGAGAUUUCUUUCUCAAUCAUACGAGGAUCGCAGUGCCGUUGAUAAUUGCAUUACUUUCGAUCGCAGCCGUUCUUGUAUUCGAUCCUAUCCGUGAAUUUUCAAUUGAACAAAAAAUAACCCACCAGUUUUCUCUCUCCAGAGACAACUAUUUUGUCAAAAGCUUCUUCAAGUUCACGUCGUAUACUGUCUCAUCAUUCAAAAGUCUUUUGGGAACCGAAAAUGUACAAACCAACAAGAAACAACUAUGGGAAGAACGCAUAGAAAAAGUUAGCGACUUGAGAAUGUGGUUGGAGGAGAACAAUAAUACUUUCGUCAUUGUAAGAGGUCCGAGAGGCUCAGGAAAACACGACCUAGUUGUUCAGCAUACGCUUCACGAUAGACCGAACGUUCUUUACAUAGACUGCGACAAGCUGACCAAGUCCAGGACAGACUCCAAGUUUCUGAUGAAUGCUGCUGCUGAAAUUGGCUACUUUCCCAUAUUUCCGUGGAUCAAUUCCUUAACAAACGUCAUAGAUUUGGCAGUCCAAGGUCUGACAGGGCAAAAGACGGGACUAUCGGAGAGCAAAGAGACUCAAUUUAGAAACAUGUUGACGACCGCUUUGAUGUCUAUAAGACAAAUUGCUUUAAAGGGCUACCAUCCCGUGAUUGGGAGCGGCGAGAAUGCUAUCAGCGUAAAGGAGGAGGACUACCUACAGCAACACCCCGAGAAGAAGCCCGUGAUUGUAAUUGAUCGGUUUAGCGAUAAAGCAGAAAUGAACAGUUUUGCCUUCAAAGAAUUAUCAGAUUGGGCCGCGAUGCUCGUACAGAUGAACAUCGCCCACGUAAUCUUUUUGACGGAAACUGUGUCGCCCAACCAGCUGCUCUCUGAAUCUUUACCUAACCAAGUCUUCAAGACUCUUGCUCUUUCAGACGCUUCUAAGGAGUCUGCUCGCUCAUACGUUCUAGCUUCAUUGGAACAAGCAGAUUUAACAGUGGACGACGAGAAGCAAUCUCAACCUGUGGACCUUUCUGAGGAAACGAUGCGAGAGAUCGACACAUCACUCGAGCCUCUGGGCGGUAGAAUGCUCGACCUGCAAGCUUUUGUCAGAAGAGUCAAAUCAGGAGAGAAUCCAAAAGAAGCUUUGGACAAGAUGGUCGAGCAAGCACUCGAGCAAAUAACCCAGAUUUUCCUUGCAGAGAACGUCGACCAAAUACGAAGUGCCCAGGCCUGGGAACUAAUAGGACUGCUCAGUAAGCAACCUGUGGUGCCCUUCAAAAGCAUUGUUUUCAGACCCUUGUUCAAGAGUGCUCCUGAGGCGGGACUUAUGGAAUUGGAGAAGAAUGGACUAAUCACUGUCUCCAGAGAUAGGGGUGUACUUAAGGACAUCAGACCCGCCAAGCCUCUGUUUAGGGCCGCCUUCGAGUAUCUUUUGGAAAGCAAUGAGAUUGCCGCUGUUUUAGAGACCGGUUAUCUUCUAAAAGUGGUCAAUUUCGAAACUAAACGUAUCCAAAAAUGGGAAGAAGAACUAAGAUCUUUGGGUAAGGUUACAGAUACAAAGCUCUUCAAGAGUAGGUUAACGUACCUGGCGAAUAAAAUUGACGCUAGCAGCGAAAGUAUUAACAAUUGCGAGGAAAAAAUCAAGCAACUAUCCAAGACAGCUGGCUCGAAAUGA